AUGAUGGAAUUCACAAUUGGAAGUAUUAGUGAGAACAGUGAUAUGGUAAAUAAUAUAUGGUGUGAUAUGAAAGAUUUUAGGGAGAGUUUUAUCCCAGGAUUCUGUUGUAAGGUAUACAAAUAUCAAGGUGCAGAUAUUGACCAACAUUACAACAUAUAUGAUGUCAAUAGGAUGGAUAAGAAACAAUUGUACACAUGUUUAUCGCGAACUACAAAAUAUGAGUACAUCCAUUUGGAUAGCCAUGAAUUGAACUAUUGUUAUAGAAGACGUGAGCAGCCUAGAUUGGAGCUAGUCAAUAGCCAUUUUAACAGUGAUUAUUUGAAGGGCAAAAUAUACAAAAUAUCAUUGGAGAAAUGCGAUAAAGUCUAUAUUGGGUCUACAUGUGAAAAACUAGAGACACGGCUGAAAUGGCCUGUAUCUAACAAUACAAGCCAAGUCUUCAAAAACAAACGAUAUAACCCCAAGAUAGAACUCGUUGUGAAAGUAGGAAAUUGCUUGAAAGAGUGGAGAAUAUACUACAAAAUAUGGCAACAGAUUGCUCAACAUCAAAGCCAAUCCAUUGAAGAAAAAGGAGGUCAAAUUCCAAGUCAAUAUGGAAACCGAAAAACAGUUAUGAGAGAUUAA